AUGGAUUCGAGCUCAUCUUUUAGUCCUGUAUCAAUCUCUAACGAGAAGAAUUUGAGUAUACCAUUCCUUGUGGACUGGAUUCUCACAGUGGUUCUAUGCAUAUUAGUUCCAUUUUACUUUGGACGAAUAUCAGCAUGGAUAUUAACACAGGCAGUAAACGUGCUCCUUUGGAGGCGACAUAAAGUGAAAAUUACCAUUCAAUCGAUAAAGAUUUCGUUUCUUGGUGGUCGGAUCUUCUUUAAGAAUCUUACUAUAGUGACUAGGGAUUCAACGAUAUCGUUUUUGGAGGGGAGCUUUACAUGGAGGUAUUGGCUCCUACAUACAAGGGUUCGGGGCUAUGAUUCUGAAUCUAGAACAGGUUUAGAUGCUAUCAAUAAUGAAAAAUUACCAGCUCGGUUCUUAUUGCAGUGUUCCGGUGUCGAAAUAUUCGUGUAUAACCAUUUCGACGCAUACGAAUCCCUAUUAAAGGAACACUUCGCUACUGCGGGAGAUGACUAUGCUUAUAGCGAUUCUAAUGAUGACGAUAAAGCAACUGAGCUCACAGAACAAGAUGGCUCUAACUCUAAGACUUCUAAUACCAGUGGCAGUGCAGCAAGUUGUGUUAAUGAUACAAAAACUGGAUCGAAACUCCCGAUUUUGGCGGGAGUGUUUCCAAUCCAAUUAGCAGCCAACAGAGGUGCUUUAGUUCUCGGAAAUAGAAAUACAAAGCAUGUUGGCGUUUUCAGUUUCGAACAGGCCAAGGGUAUAUUUGACAUACAUACUUCGGCUUCUAAACUGGACUAUUAUAGAAAGAAACUGUCUUUGGAUCUCACUGACACAAGUUUUCAACUACGCACUAACCUAGGUUACCAAAACGAUAAUCCCAUCAAGACAUUUGUAGUGGAAAAAACGAUGGAUAAAGUACUACAGAGCGUCUCUUCUCAUUGGAACAAAUUUCUAGGAAUAAUAUGGCGAGGCCAUCAACUUCAAAGCAAUGACCAGUUAGAAUACUUAGAAUCUUGGAAAGGUUUGGAUAUAUAUCAAAAGCACAAGAAAGAUGAAAAUGACGAUAUCGAUGUAAUAGAAUUUCAAGAUCAGGAAUAUGCUCGUUACAGCAAAAUAAUGAAGGCUGACAAAAUAUCAUUGAAUUACUAUUAUGAUAUACCGGGCGUUGAACAACAAGAGAAUUCUUUCACUGCCAAUACCAAAGUUGAUACUACGGAAAGACAACAUACCCCUGGAGAGGAAGAGGAAGAGGGAGAGGAGGAAGAACAAAAUUCGUAUUCUUUAGCCCCAAUACCACCUGAGUUUGGAUGUGAUAUUGUUGUCUCUACAGCAGCAAUAUAUUACGGCCCAUGGUCCAAUGCACAUAUGCAAGACAUUAUAAGGUUAUUCUCUCCAAUUAUUACUAGAGAUACAAUACCCAAAACACCAUCGACUGAUGGCAAAUUACGCCAAUAUGAAACUUUUAAAGUAUCUAUUAACUUUUCUGAUAAUAGUAUAUUACAUAUUCCUACCAGGGAACCCAGUAAGGAUGAAGAUUUUCUAAAAAGAUUCAAGGAAACAGGCGACACCCAUAGGGCAUUUGGAUGGUUGAAUAUAUCAUUGAAAGACGGUAGUGAACUCCUGUUCAAUAUAGCUCUCUGUUCAAAAAAUAACUAUAUUCCCAAUGAGCUAUUCAUUAAUCUAUUGGAACCAGAAGUAAAAUCUAGUGUCAAUCAUGAGAUUUUAUUCAAAGCUAAAAGCCAGAGUAUUACUGCUGAUGUUGGAUAUCCCACUAAAUGGAAUGGUGAAGCUGAAUGGAUGUUCCAAUUAAAGAGUUUUGGUGCUGAAUUAUUUCUUCUUAAGGAUCAUAUAAAUCUAAUUUCCGAUCUUUUUCAAGAUUUUUCUUCAAGAGCCACACAUGAGUAUGACCUCUUCAGACCGUUUGUUUAUAAUAUAGAUUGGAGCUUUACUGAUUUCAAGUUGAUAUUGAAUGUAAAUGAUGCUAACAUUAUCAAUAAUCCACUUGACUACAAUGAAAACUGUUUUUUAUCUUUAAGCGGACAAUCGUUAAGGACAACAGUGAACUUACCGUUUAAAUCAAUCGAUUCACCAUAUCAUCAAAGUACCUUUUCUAUAAGUUCUCCAAUUGUGAUACUUUCGAUAUUACCACCUAGUUGGAACACUUUAAAUGAGUUUCUAGACGAAAAAACGUUUGGUGAGUGCCCGAAUUUCACCCUAACAGGGUCUUAUCUCUCACACUCAUCAGUUGAUUUAGACAAUGUCGAUCUUAUCGAGAUGGAUAUUAGAAGCUCAUCGACAAAAUUCCUAUCAUUUGGAUUUGUCGUGAGGUAUUUGAUGAAUAUAAAGCUCAACUAUUUUGGCGAAUUCAAUCAUUUCAAAACCACAGAGGAGUAUAGUAAUGACUUGAGGGCGAAAGAAGAAUCAUUAUCAAGCUCAAGGGACACAUAUUCGACAACGGAUGACUUUUCUUCCAUAGUAUCUUCAGUAGAGAGUGAAUCUUCAGGUUUGUCAGACGAAAUUGCCAUAGAUGAAUCUGCAUUUUUAAGGAAGAAGAACGAAACAGAUGUAUGGAUAACAUUUUUUGUUGAAGAUGGUACUAUUGUUGUUCCACAAAAAAUAUACAACUCAAAGAGCUCAUAUCUAUUAUCAUUCAAUAGUCUUGAAUUUGACAUGCGAUAUACCAAUUACUAUAUGGACUUGAGCUUAGCUUUAUCAAGGAUUAAUAUUUGCAGGGAUGACAACUUUAGUUUCGGUAAAGAUAUUAGAUUGCCUCAGGAGAAGCCAUCAGAUUAUGGGAUAAUAGAUGGUCUUCAUAUCCAUGGACAUAGAAUGUUUGGUGUUCCUCCAAAUGAAGAGACAUAUCUAUGCAAGUGGGAUAUUGGGGUAGGUUCAAUCAAAACAGACACUACUUUGGAUUUUCUCGUCACUCUUUUCGAAUCACUUAAAAAACUUGGAUUUUCUUAUAAAGAUAUGGAAAAUCUUUUAAUAUAUAAUUCAAAAAGUCCGGAAGAUAUAACUUCCUUAUCCAUAUCUUUGGUAGGUAUUGCUUUAUGUGUCAGAAGUGCUGUUCCAGACGAAUCAAUCAACAUUGCUUUGAAAGAUAUUAGUAUAAACUCCUGGGAUUUGGUAAAUGAAAGUUAUUCGAAAAGGUUGGAUGCAAAAAUAAAAUCAUUAUUCAUUGAUGCAGUUAAUAAAGAUGGAGAAAAAGCCUUUAGUUUAGAAACAUCGGUAGAUCUGUCAUGCUUUCCAAUAAAAAAGAACUUUAAAAAUCAUAAAUUCGAACAGAGAAAGUGCGUCCUUGUUAAUGACAGCCCUUUUCAUCGGUGUAAGUUUUUAUUGAAUCUUGAUGACCUCAAAGAAUCAUCUUUAUACAAUGAUUUAUUUGGAUCAAUUACACCAAGUAUUUGUAUGCCUUCCCUUGCAGAACCACUCACUGAACAAACGUUUGACAAAAUAUUCGAACUUCUACUCGGAAACCUCUCUAACCUUGUAACCUUUGACGCGGAUGAUCAGGAUACUAGAUACUUGAUGGAGGAUACAUCAAGCAUUGAAACUAAUUAUGGACUUUCCAGGAUUAGAAGCAACAGAAUCAAAGACUAUUUAGUCAAUACCCGAAGCAACUCAAGUACGCAAAACAUAUCGAUACACUUGGGACCAAUUAAUAUUUCUAUUACACCUGAAGUAUUUUCGAUAUUAGCGGGUAUUAUUAAGUGUAUGCCAAAAACUGAUAUUUUUGACACUAUGGAUUUUUAUGAAAUGUCAGUAUUAGAACUUUAUUCCGAAGCCCUGCAAAAUGACUCUAAGGUAAUGAAUAUAUCGUUGGUUUCAGAUCAAAUAACUGUGAAUAUUAGACCUCAAAGUAAAAUAGCAGAAAGCGACGAGAAAAACAACUCUAUGCUUAUUUCAAUUUCCAAACUAUCUAUUCUUUCACAGACUAAAUCGACUGCAAAAAUAAGUGCUGAACUUGAUGUUGUUACUAAAGGAAAUUCAAGCGACUCGACUUUAAUGUGUGAUGUCGAUGAUUUGAAAAUCUCCAUUAAUAAAACUCCAAGCAACACAAUGAUAAGUCAGGAUUCUAUUGCAACAUUUUACCUUUCUACUUUGAAUACCGUUCUAUGCACAGACAUUGACAUGCGUUCGAGAUUACAGAUUGGAACAGUGAGAUUAUCCUUUUCUGAUGACGAUGUAGAUAUGAUAACAGAUUUUACUAUUUUACUUGUAUCGUCAUUUUCAAAUUCUGUGCAAAAGAUAAAGAGCUCACUUGAGAUGAAAAAAGAUGAUAAGAUAAUAAUGUUGCUGAAAAUUGCUCAAUUAGGCCAGAGCAAUGGUAUUGAUUCUGUGCCUUAUGUUAUUACUAAACCUGCAUACAUCACAAGACUCUCUAAAUAUCAUGUGCGUGAUAAUUCCAGCUGGAGGGCAAUCACACGGUUACGUUUUGUCUCACGAAAUAUCCCAGAAACAGAUUACAAUAAGAUAUUUACUGAUUUCAAUGAACUCGAAAAAACUGAAUCUUCUGAAGUCAGAUCUAGAUUUUUAGAAGUAUUCUCUCAUUGGAAAAAUUGGGAUGUAACAGAGAUUGAACAAAGUGCCUUAUUUGAAUUUAUUUUCCCAAUCCCUAUUGAAGACAAUGACGACUCAUCUUAUAAGGAUGCAAAACUUUCGUUCGAAAAGAUUCAUUUAGAAGUAAACUCCAUUAGGCAAGCAUCUCUUCUUGUGAUCAAGCAAUUAGAUAUAAUAUUAAGAAAAUUGACUCUUGACUCAAUAUUAGACUUUGAUUCAAUCGACUAUGAUAAAAAAGAAUUAGAUGUUGGCAUAUCAACAGGGUCAUUGUAUGUGGCUGUAAAUGAAGACCAUGUAAGGAAAGCCGUUCUCCUAAGCCGAAAAUUGGAAACCAAACAGAAAAAAUCCCUAAAUAUAUCAAAAUCAUUCGCAUUAAGAAUAAAUCAAUGUUCAUUGGGUCUGAAAAAUCUUACAAUAGUAGUUAGUACUACUGAAUACAAGGCAUCAAUUGAUUUGAAUGAUGCUUUGAUAAUUGCACUAAAAACUACUUUUGAGAGGAACUCUGUGUUUUCAGUAAAAUACUCUUCUGGUUUAAUUGCAUUUGGAUUUUCGUACCUUAACCAGAAUCUACUAAGAAUACAAAUAAGUAGCAUCGAGGAGAGUUUCAUAGGUAUGGAGACGGAUGGAAUAUACUUAAACCGACUAAACGUCGGUGAAGUUAUUAUUGAUUCAAGUGAAACAACUCUUCAACACCUCAUCGAACAUUCAAAAUCUCUUAAACUCAUGUUAAACAAUAUGAAAGGUGAUUCAAAACAAAUUUCGGUUCCUGGUCAAGAAGAUGGCGAUAAGAAAACAAAAUACAUCCUAAAAAGUUUGGUAGCACUUGAAGCAUUUGAAUUGAAGACAUCUUUAUUUUCGCCAUUUGAUUUAAAAUUCAAACUGACUACCGUUGGAAUUAUAUCUGAAUUAGGAAGGAAGAGAUCAAUUAGCGCUAAUUAUGAAGAAUUGCUUCUUGAUAUCUUUAUGAAUAGUUAUAAGCUGGUGCGUAUAUUCAAUUCUACCACAAGAAUAGAUUUCAAAGAUGAUAUCUUACUCAAUGAUGUCGAUGUUGAUAUUACUACCUUAAAAGUUACUCUUUGUGACAAUCGUUUUCAAUUCGAUAAUAUUAUCCAAAGUAUACAAAACCUUCUUGCACAGAGAGAAAAACGACCAUCAGAUAUUAAAUGUGAGGGUACUGACCAGAAUAUUUCCAAACCUUGGAGCUUCAAUCUAAACUGUGCGUAUAUGGGAUUUUUGAUUGAGAUAGAUAAAACUAAUUAUGUGAUUGAAAUUAAUGAGAGUUCUCUAUCCUACCUCAAGAAGCCUUCAUCGAACAUCAAAACAAAUAAGGUGGAGCCGAACUCCAAUGUAUGGUUUAAUACCCAGAGUCUAUGUUUUUUGGUGGUGCAUCCUGAUAUCCCAUCAACCUUAUCAAAGGUUCUAGACAUUGGGGCAACGUUCAAACUCACCGAGGAUAGUUCAAAAUCUGCAUUACAAGUCGAGAGUCAUUAUACACGCCUAUCAUUGUGUUCUUCAACACUGUUUAGUAUUCUUUUCCUAAUUCGUGAAGGUAAAAUGCUAUUUCAUGACAUUCCUUCAUUUUUCUCUGAUGAUAAUUCUCCAACUACGCCUAAAGAUUCUUCUUUCCUCCAAAAGUUGUCCAUAAAUGUUUUAUCUUACAAACUAUGUUUAGGUUGGCUUUUUGAAGGUGAAAAUCGCCAACCUGGUAUUAUGUUGGGGUAUGAAAGUCUAUUUAUGGCUUAUGAGAGACCCUUUGGAAAACUGACCUUCGUGGAUGGAUAUGUUUCUAUAGCACAAGGUAAACAGUCGAAUGACUUCUACAUUACUGAUGGAAUUCCCAAAUUUAAUAGAAGCCACUUAUCAAGUAUGCAACUCAAUUUUUGGUUCCAUGAAAAGAAUCUAAAGAAAGAUCUUUUCAUUAGAAUGAAUGCUGACAGCAUCGAUGUUUCUGUUAUGACAGAUAUCGUAGAUGUUGCAGCAUCUACUGUAGCAUCAAUAAAAGAGUUCCAACGGAAACUGUCUUCUAUCAAUGAACGCUAUGAUUCAAAUAAUAGCAAUGAAGACCACAGAGGCGAAAAAUUCAGCUCUAAAGUUUUAAUUCCUUCUAUCAAUUCCAUAAAUUGCGUUGUGAACUAUGGAGGUGGAACUAUCAAAUUAUUCAAUCCAACCGAUGUAACUGAACUUGAUCAGAAGUCAUCUUUUGAACUGACUAGCCCUUCUAGCGAAGUGUCUGUGAGCUACUUAUUUGACGUGAAUAAAGAGAAGAAUCAUUGGAUAAGAAGUUACGUCAACGUAGAAUCAACCCAUAACAUCCUCUAUUCAUCUUGUGUUCCUGUUUUAGUUAACUUACAAGAAGAAAUGGAGCAGCUUCUUGGCGGCUUUAAUACAAAUAACACAUCAACUGCCCCGAAUGAUGAAGUGACUACCAAGGCUGAAUUCCAAAAGUCACAUUUUGACUAUAAUAAUUUAUUGAAAAACUUUGAUGUUGCGUUCAUUAUUCAUAUUGGUAAACAAGAUAUCACUUUGUCAUGUGAACCAAAGGCAAAAAUUCAAGCUGAUCUUGGAUUCUCUAAUUUCAAAAUUUCGCUUUUCACCAAUCCUUCAAUUAAUGACAAUUCUGUUUCAGUAUCUUUGCAAUGGUCAAAAAUCGAGAUUAACACAAGACAUGUCUUUUCUAGAGAGAUUAGUUCCUCGGCCGGAAUUGAUGAUGUCCUGCUCGAUGUUAUCUUAACAGAAAAGGAGAACAUCAGCAUAUAUGGUCACAUUAUGUUUUCCGGCACCAAAUUAUACAUGAAUUUGAAGCAGCUCCAGGAUAUAUCACUAUUCCUCGAUAUCUGGUCACCAAAAAUUAAGAAAAACGAAUCUUCUCGGGUUAAGGGCCUACAGGCACCAAAAACCAAAUCAAAACCUGUGUCAGAAUCAUCUGCUACUAAGAUUCCAUGGGUGUAUCGUAUCAUUUUCAAAAAUACCUCCGCUUCUAUUGACAUGGAUCCUUCACUUGGGUCCAUUAAUUUCCAAGCCCCAUCCUUUUGGAUAUCCUCCCGUCACAGUAUUGAUUGGUCUCAUUCUGUCAGCUUUUUCUUGAAAGACAUGAAGUCUAACUCGGAAGGUCGUCUGGGCGGAUCUUUAGAAAUAGGAAAUUUAUUAUUCGAUUCUAGUGUUAACUGGCCUAUUAGAAACCACAAAUUCGAAGCUCCAUUGGUUAAAGUGUCUGUUACAGUAGGUUAUUUAUCCAUCAAAUUAGGGUUUGAUUACCAUUCAUUUUUAAUUGCUGUGGCACAUGAUAUACGCUUUGCACUAUGGAAUGAAAGAGACGAGAGCGGCUUGUUGAAGGAUUUAUUGGCAGUUUCAGCAACUUGUGGAUCAAUUAAUGUAUUCUUAACUGCUUUAUCUUCAGCCAACCUUUAUGAUAUUCAUAACACUUUUGAGCGGUUGAGGAUGGAGAACAAAAAAUCUUAUGUGCAAACUUUGAAGGAAUCUAACCCAGAGAGCUCAGGAAGGAUUCGUGCUAAAAACUCUUCACUUGUGGAACCCCUUCGUCUACGUACUAAUUUGGUUGCUGAAAUUGGCUCUUUUAGAUUACAAGUGUUCCCUAGUACUCUAUUUGACAGCGAAGUGUUAGUGCUAAAAGCUACAAAAAUGAAUGUAGAGGCAACUACCCAAACAGAACAGAAAACGAAGACCGAUUUGACGUGGCAAAUACAUGAUAUUAACAUCAACUUGGCACGCUUUAACAAUGAUUUAACUGAUGACAAUUUCUCCACAAUAUCCGUUGAAGAAUAUAAUUCGAUAGCAUCUGCUGUAGAUGGUGAUAUUAUAUUGGCUGCACCCUCUGUAUUUGUUGGUAUAACGACUUGGCAGAAAAUACCUGACACCAGAAUUGAACUUUUGUAUUCUAGUAGUUUUGGUGAUAAGGUGGACAUAAAAUGGAACUUAGAUCCGAUAAACUUUAUUCGAGAAAUGUGGGCAACACACGUGAGAGCUUUAUCAGCUCGUAGGGGACAUGCUGAAGCAUCCCCAUCGAAACCAUUUUUUGAGGAUGAGAACAUCGCAGAAAAGAUUAAGAUUGUUGAUUUAGGUACUAAAUACCAGUACGUUCCUUUAGAUGAACCUCAUAUUGAAAUGCCUUUAUUGAAGGACCUUGGAAACGCAACCCCCCCAAUAGAAUGGUUUGGUGUGAAUCGUAAAAGAUUCCCUGGUAUGACACAUCAACUGGUUGUUGUUCCUUUACAAAAACUUAUUUACGUUGCCGAAGGCCGCUAUAACAAUAUCCUUGGUGAUAAUUUAAACAGUGUGUAA